GCCACUAGCCAUCGUCGCAGCAUCCGCAUAGAAGCAGCACGUCGCCUUAUCGCCGCUACUUUGACCACAUCGCGUGACUAGGAUUACUUAGCAAUACCCUUAUCGCCACAUCACUACAAAGAUGCAGAUCUUCGUCAAGACCCUCACCGGUAAGACCAUCACCCUCGAGGUCGAGUCAUCGGAUACCAUUGACAAUGUCAAGGCCAAGAUUCAGGACAAGGAGGGUAUUCCCCCUGACCAGCAGCGUCUCAUUUUCGCCGGCAAGCAGCUCGAGGAUGGCCGGACCCUUUCGGAUUACAACAUCCAAAAGGAAAGCACACUCCACCUCGUGCUCAGGCUCAGGGGUGGUAUGCAGAUCUUUGUCAAGACCUUGACCGGCAAGACCAUCACUCUCGAAGUCGAGAGCAGCGACACAAUUGACAAUGUCAAGGCCAAGAUCCAGGACAAGGAGGGUAUCCCACCCGAUCAGCAACGUUUGAUCUUUGCAGGCAAGCAGCUCGAGGAUGGCCGGACUCUUUCUGACUACAAUAUUCAGAAGGAGUCCACUCUUCACCUCGUCCUGCGGCUACGAGGAGGAGCCAAGAAGCGCUGCCAGCACAACGUCGACAAGCCCGAGGAACGGUGUUCCAAUGCUGCGCUGGCCAUUGCUGGUGUUUGCUCCCACUGCGUAAAGGCUCACUGCGCCCAGCAUCGUUUGCCUGAACAGCACGCCUGCCCGCAGACGAAUGCUAUCCGGAGCACGGCCUUUGCCGCCAACAAGGCAAAGUUGGAGCGCGAGCAGACUCAGGGAAACCAUGGUCUCGCCCACUAAGGCCAG